AUGGCCGACAUGACCCUGCCCUCGUCCUUGCUGCAACCGCGCGACGACAAUGAUGCAGAUUCGAUUCUUUCCAUCCUCGGACGUAUUCAUGACGAGCGGGGCCACUUUCGACACAUCACCGAGCAGAGCUUGCAGGCCGAGAUAGCUGCCAACGAGAACGACGAGGAAAGCUCCGAGACAGACGACGAAGACGAUGGCGCAGAGGCAGAUACAGCAGAGGAAAAAGACCGGCGAGAACAACUAUGGGUAGCCAGAGCUGAGAUGAGACAACACGUCGAUUCCGCACGCAAUGAAGCACUUAUCGCCCUCGAUUUCGUCUCCCUUCUCAUCUCCAAAGACGCUCCCAAACAAGCCGAUCUCACAAUGUCGCCCCAUUUGAAGCAGUUCAUCAAGCCUGGAACACUUGCCAUGGAUGUGUGGCACAACGUGCCGCCCAACAAGGACCAAGAGAAGGUGGAUGAUACAAUCGCUCGUGGCUGGAGGAUGCAGUCGCUGCAAGCAUCAGCCGAUUCAUUGCUGGGCGCUGCGACUCGCCUGGAGAAGAAUGUCAGAAAGGAAACACACUACUGGGAGCAGGUCCUGUCUGUCAGCGACAAGGGCUGGUCAGUAUCUCGUCUGCCUCGCGAGAAACACAACCUGGGCGUCCGAUUUGGCUUCUUAGAAGCUCUUGGAGAGUUCCGAGACCGUGGACUCGCCGCCCUGAGAUCAGACGAGGAUGGCAACGUUCUACUCGACAAGGGCGUUGGAAACAACAGCAAAGUUAUACGCGUGCGCAUUCGAAAAGGUGAUGAUAUUGUUGGUGUCUCGCAGAUGCCAAACGUGUCAGCUGAGUCGGAGUCUGCCCUCGAAGCUCGCAUUCGUCACGCUAGAGACUCGCUGUAUGAGGAAGAACUAUUCCAUGAAAUCAUCCGAGAGUCCCGAAGUCUGUCAUCAUACGGUGUUGACAUGCGUGAGUCGACCAUCCGUCUUCCAACAAGAUUAUCUUCGGUCGAGUCAUCAGCUGUCUCAGAAGCACAUGAAGUUUUGAUUGACUUGCUACCGCUGACCGACAUCGAAACAAAGGCUCAGAAAAAGCAGCCGGAUGAUGCCUGGGCUCAGGCCAUCGCACUGGCCCUUCGCCUGUUCCUUUCGUAUACACACCGCGAAAGACUAAUACACCGAUCCGAGCUACCUCCACCAAUGUCAAGCGCCAGGAAGGAAACACCUGUCGCAAGUAUCAUGAGGCCCGUCUUGACCUUGCUGCAACACCGCUCCGUGCUCACUGAUAUCGAUGCCUACCUCGAGCGUAUCAAGAAGCUUCUUGAUACCGCAUCCGUCGACACCUCAAUCGAGACAGCUGCAUUUGAUCCAGCACUCUUGAGAUCUGCAGAAACGAUCGAUACACUCAUGCAGAGAGGUCUCGCACCUCUGCACUCGCGAAUGAGGAUAUCAGUGAAAACAGCACAUCUACCCGAGGCGCUUGACUUUGGUAUUGAAGUACGAACAUCCAUCUCGCCCCCAGCCUUCGGAAGUGCCAUGUUGGUGACUUCACCAAUAGGACUGUCGCGAGUCGAGAUACCAGACAUGGAGGAACUUAAAGAUUACUUGAACACGGCAAUCGCGAACGCUUUGGGGCAUGGAAUCGUGGACAAACUGUCCGACUGGAGCCUCAACGAUAGAUGCGGCAUUCUCGGAAAGGCCAACAGUAAUGAUAAGAUCAGCAUUGAGGUCCGCGGAGCCAAAGACGCCGCGCAGGACGGUCUAGUACUGCGAACGCCCGGACAGGUAUUUGAGUGGAAAGUCGAGGACGACGAGAUGAAACAAAAGGGGUUUUGGGAGACGGUCAAUCAGAGCGUUUGGAACGGAGCAUAA